UGUCCCCUGCACAGUGGCUCAUCAUGUGAAGGAAUCUCUACUUGAUGUCACCCUAGUACUUUUCAACUUUCACACUGAGAAGGUCGUGAGCAACAACUGUCACUCUCUGAGGGUGGAAACUGCCAUGAUUCACAAAGACAAGAAGUAAUUUUCCUGUAAUCACAAGAUGACUCAGGAUGGACCAUGAGGCGGCCCAGCUGGAGAAGCAGCACGUGCACGACGUGUAUGAGAGCACCGCCCGGUACCUCAGCGACCUGCAGGGCAAAGCCUGGCCCCGCGUCCGCCAGUUCCUCCAGGACCAGGAGCCCGGCAGCCUCAUCGCCGACAUAGGUUGUGGGACUGGAAAGUACCUUAAAGUGAAUAGCCAGGUACAUACCCUGGGCUGUGACUAUUGUGGGCCGUUGGUAGAGAUUGCCCGGAGUAGGGGAUGUGAAGUCAUGGUAUGUGACAACCUUAAUCUCCCCUUUAGGGAUCAGGGCUUCGAUGCCAUCAUCUCCAUAGGAGUUAUACAUCAUUUUUCUACAAAACAAAGAAGAAUCCGAGCAAUAAAGGAAAUGGCCCGCGUCUUGGUUCCCGGAGGCCAGCUGAUGAUUUACGUUUGGGCCAUGGAACAAAAGAACCGGCACUUUGAGAAGCAGGAUGUGCUGGUUCCGUGGAACAGGGCCUUAUGCUCCCGGCUCCUCUGUGAAUCCAGCCAGCCUGGGAGAAAGAAGCAGUGUGGACAUCUAGAGAGAAGCCACCCCUACCACCCUCCUUGCUCCGUGUGUAGCUGCUCUGUUUGUUUUAAGGAGCGACGGGACUCAAAACGGUCCCACAGCGUGGACUAUGAACCUGUCAGGGCCAGGACUUGUUGUGCAAACAUUUCGAAGGAAGCUGGGGAAGAAAAUGGGUUCUAUCACACAUUAGGAAAAUCUUUUCGCUCCUGGUUUUGCUCCAGAUCUUUGGAUGAGUCAAGUCUGAGGAAGCAAAUUGAAAGAGUGAGACCCUUGAAAAACACAGAAGGUUGGGCCACCAGCACUAUCUCCAUCCAGCCUUCCAGACACUCUAGUUUAGACAGGGAUCCCCAAGAGCCAUUUUCAACAAGAGAGCCAAGUUCAGACGAGGACGUGUUUGUGGAAACUUCUCAGAAGCAUUUGGAGUGGCUGAGAGCACCAGCCACCGCGAAACAUCUCCGUGGAGACCAUCACGGAGAAACUGGGAGGAAUGGCGGUGGGGAUUGUCUGGGUAGCACCCAUACUCCUGAGGAGUGUGCGGCUGCGGGUGCCUUAGGAGAAGGGAAGCCUUCUGCUCGUAGAUCACUGAGGAGGAUUUCUACGGUUGAUUCCACAGAUUCCAUCCCAGAUGACACAAUUCCUGUCGAAGGACAACAGCCCGACGUUUUGGAUUCCAGGGCCUUUAUGCGCUACUACCACGUGUUUCGCGAAGGCGAGCUCUGUGGCCUGCUGAGGGAAAACGUGUCAGAGCUCCAUAUCCUGAGCUCUGGGAACGACCAUGGCAACUGGUGCAUCAUUGCCGAGAAAAAGGAGACCUGUGAUUGACUGGCUCAUCUCAGACAGCUCCUCCGGAGAUGCGCCACGCUCCUGUCCCCGGCGUUGGGAUGGCUACCUGACUUUGCAUCCACUUCCAUUAUUUUUUAACCCAUGCAUGCUCUGGUCUGUAGAGACUAUGGAAGGUCAUCUUUUGAAUCUGCGUAAACACAGAGCCGGGCAUCUGAAGCAUUUGGCGAAGGGUAUUUGUGAUUCAGUGUUGAUGGAAGAGAUCUGAAGAAGCAGCGUGCAGUGAGCUUCAGUACAGUUUGGGGUUUUUCCCCCCUGAAAGAUGAAAUUAUUAUGAGACUACAUGUGUAUAGUUUUUCAGUCUUAUAAACUGAUUUUAAAAGAU